CUGCAUUGACAAUCCUAUUGAGACUGACGUCACUACGGCGAACAGUUUGAGAUUAUCUAUUGCACAUGUGUGCGUGGAGAUUGAUCUCAAGGACGAGCUCAUCAAGGAGAUUGAGCUCGACCAAGCGGGCAAGACCGAUAUCCAAAAAGUGGUCUAUGAGAGAGUUCAUCCGUUCUGCACCCUAUGCAAUCAUGUAGGACAUGGGGCCGCAGAAUGCUACACUAAGGGCAACAAGCCCCGACCUGCUCUGCCCCCUCACCGCCGCGUAGCGAGGCAUUGUCCUACUGCCACCCCAGAGAUCCCUAAGGAGAAGGGCAAGGCCCCUGCCCACAGCCCCGAUUCCCUGAAGGGACAAAAGGGCAAGGGCAAGGUCACUUCUGAGGUCAGCCGGCCCAAGGAGGCUAACCUGGACAGGCCUAAGACCAAAGCUACAGGACUUUUCCCCCACCAGUCCCUCCAGACAGCACCCACGGCUAUCCACUCAUACUUCUCG